AUGCCGGCUGCCAAUGGAAGUAAGCCUCGCAAGCAGGAUGAAACCCAGCAGUCCUUCUUCGAGUCGCUGUAUGCUGCACUGGAUGCAGACGCCAACGAAAUUGCGGAUGGUUUGUUCCUUGGGGCGGCCAAGGCAGCCUCUGACAAGGCGGCGAUGAAGAAGCGGAAGAUUUCUCAUGUGCUCAUCGCGCACCCAACCAUGCCGGAGAAACACCCGCAGCACUUCAAGUAUGGCCGGGCACCCCUGGUCGAUCUGCCAGCUUUCAAUCUGUUGGAGCAGAUCCCCGAUGCCAUUUCCUUCCUGCGAGAGGAUUUGCCCUGCUUUGCUUCUCAUUUUGUGGCACUUCGGAGACGGUCCGCCGCUUCGCUGAGAGCAGUCCGAGCUUUGAUCCCUCCUGCGUCUGCCUUCCCUCACGGCAACACGGCCAUGGCAGCGAUGCGCGCCUUGAGCAGGCAGUUCCUUCAGACACCACGCACCCUGGCACGUCAUGCGCCUGCUGCAUCCUUUGCGAGUGCACAAUUCAAGGUUUGCAUCAACGGAGGUGCAGGAGGAAUCGGGCAACCAUUGAGCAUGCUAAUGUCUAUGAACGAUUCGGUGAAGGAGGUUUCCAUCCAGGAUGUGACAAUGGCAGCUGUUCCUCCUGCAGGAGUUGCUGCAGACCUUGGACAUCUCGAGUAUCCCAGCAAGGUGGUUGGCUAUGCCACCGAUCCCUCGAAGCCCGCUGUGGAUCAGCUAGAAGAGUGCCUCACAGGCUGCCACCUGGUCCUCGUCCCUGCCGGCGUGCCGAGAAAGCCCGGCAUGACUAGAGACGACCUCUUCAACGUCAACGCUGGCAUUGCAAAGGGUGUUGUUGAAGCUUGUGCGAAGUAUUGCCCAGAUGCGGUCAUUGGCCUCAUCGUGAAUCCAGUAAACUCUAUCGUGCCUGCAAUGGCCGAAUUUUACAAGAAGAAAGGCCUGGACCCGCUGAAGAUUGUGGGUGUCACUUCCCUGGACAUCGUCCGAGCCAACAAAUUCGUCGCCGAGCUGACUGGCAAGUCGCCGGGGGAGAUCGAGGUUCCGGUCAUCGGCGGCCAUGCCGGCGUGACGAUCAUGCCAGUCUUUUCUCAGGACCCUGCUGCCGCGACCAUUUCAACGGACAAGAUUCCGGCAUUGGACAAGCGCACGCAAGAUGGCGGCACCGAGGUGGUCGAGGCCAAAGCCGGCAAGGGUAGUGCGACGCUGUCCAUGGCCUACUCGGGCGCACGUUUCGGGAACAAGGUUCUGAAAGGAUUGGCUGGCACUCCGACUGAUGAGUGUGCCUACGUGGCUUCCACUGUCACGGAACUUCCCUACUUCUCAUCGAAGGUGACUUUUGGAACCAAGGGAGUUGAGAAGAUCCACGGCAUCGGCACCCUGAACAGCUACGAGCAGGGCCGACUAAAGGAGGCAAUGGACCAGCUCAAAACGGAAAUUGACAAGGGCCUGGAGUAUGCCAAGGCACGCUCCAAAGGCGGCAAGGUGUUCUGCUACUGCGCGAAGGGCAUCUCGCGAAGCUCCAGCCUCGUGAUCAUUUUGCCACCUUGCCCGGAGCUUGCACUUCAAGAAUUCCUGCAUUGUACUGCAAUGGCGGCCGGGCGGCACCUGGACUGCGAAGAGAGCUCCGAUUCCUCCGAGACUGGAACUUUCACGCAUGAGCAGAUGCAGGGGCCACCCAUGGCUUCGGACCUUUGGUGCACAGCCCUCAUCACUGCUGGCUUUGCUCUCUGCGAUCUCACCAGACGCACCCUCCCUUUUGUUGGCAAACCUGGAACAAGCCUGGCCGGACAUGCGAGACUGAAAAGCUUUGCGCGGACCGCCUGCAAGGAGACACCACUCCUUGACGAGGAGAGCAACGACUUGUUCCUGCUGCUCAGGGGCAUGACAACCGUCAGCUUCUGCACAGGCACUCCUCCAAUUCCCUGGCUUCGAGAAAGGCUUGCAGCGGUCUUGGCCGCAAACCCCUGGCUAGCAGGAAGCCUCAGCAGGACCUCAUCUGAGGAUCGCGUGUGUCUUCGGUAUGAGGAAGACACACGCGAAGAAGCCGGGCAUGAACUCUUACAAAGAAUCGGGCCUGACAUACUUGACAUACACCCCGACAUGCCCUACGACAUUCUGACGAAGAAAGUGAGUGGCUCCUGUGCUGAAGUUCCGUCCGGGGUGGAGUGCCUGCGGAAUUCCAGCCAUCCUUUGCUGAAAGUGACGAUCUGCAGCUCUUCGAGUGAUCAGUUUGCCCUACUCGUCUCGCUGUCGCACAUCAUUGCUGAUGGGUACACCUACUACAGGAUCUUCCACAUGCUGACGCGCAAGCUGACACCAGUCCUUUCCCUAAGACCGCAACGAAAGUUGGCUUUCCAUCAAGAGCGUUUGUGCGCUCUUGGCCGGCCUGAAUACGAGUUCAUCUUCUCGCCAGCAUAUGUGCUCAACUCCCUUACAAGCAAAUUUUUAUGGGGAAGACCAAAAUGCCGUGCCUAUGUCAUCAAUAUGGAGAAGGUCCAAGCUGCCAAGCGGACUCUGCCAGCCGUGCCUCUCUCGACGAACGACAUCGUAACGUCGAGUGUUGCAAGGCUCUUCGGUGCUCGUGCUUGUUCCAUGGCCGUGAACUUCCGUGGACGCCUGGCAAACCUAUCGGAGGAAGAUGCUGGCAACUACCAGGGUCUACUGUGGUUUGGUCCCGAUGACAUCUCGGCCCCGAGUCUGGUCCGGGCAGCGCUGGAGCAGGGAAGCCAGCAGGGAGUCUAUCGACGAUGUGGCAGCGAUCCAGUUGGCCAACUGCCCGGCUUUUGGGAGAUGCUUUGCUCACGCCUGGCGGUCAUAACCAGCUGGGUUUUUGAAGACGAGCCGAUGUUGGAGGGGUGCACGAUGGGGCUGCACCUCCCCCAUUUCGACUUGGAUGAGGUUAAUUCGGACAUGGCCGUAAUCUUCAGACCGCGACCAGGACAACAGGCAGUCAUGCUGUUCACAAAGGACCUGAAUGUGGACGUGCUAGCGACGGCACCGGACAGUGUCCUCGGAGAGCCUGUCGUAUUCUCUGCAUCACAGGGAAAAAAGCGCCAGGCCUUGCUGAUGUUAGAGCGAGGCAUCUCCUUUGAAGAAGCAUGGACCUUCUGCGAGAAGCUUUGA